AUGUUCUACUCGUAUGGCUAUGAUCUGACACGGUCUCUAGAGGCCAAAAAUGGCCAAGCAGCAGUGGCUGAAGACACUGUGCUUGCCGAUAUAGUUGAUGGCGAUUACUGGUUUAACAACCAUCUCCAGAAGCUGCUGCUGAAGAAUUCGGCUGCUGCCUGGGCAUUGCCGCUGGUGCAAGGGUGUGUGCAGAUUGCAAUGUGCUCGGUGGCAGACGGCGACUCGUUCCAGGUCAGUGUGGUGUCCCGGCGCAGCUGUCGGCGUGUUGGCGUGCGGUAUGAGCGGCGUGGGGCGAACGCAGACGGAUAUGUGGCGAACUUUGUCGAGACCGAGCAGAUCUUGUCGUUUGAAUCGGGAGACGGGAAGCAGUUUGCGAGCUUUGUGCAGACUCGCGGAUCAAUGCCCUUCUUUUGGAAGCAGCCGGCAGCUGGACUGCACCCAGUCCCUGUUGUAUUGCGCGACGAUGCUUCCAACGCCAAUGUGUGUGCCCUGCACUUGGAAAGAGAGGUUGGGCGGCUGGGACGGCAGGUUAUUGUCAAUCUGGUGGAGCAGAAGGGCCGUGAGGACAUCGUCGGGUCAAAGUACGCAGCGCUGGUCGGUGAGUGCGUGGCAAACGAGAUGGUUGACGCCCAGGCGAUCCGGUACAUCCCGUGGGACUUCCACCACGAGACGCGCGGGAUGCGGUUCGAGAACCUGAACCAGCUGUUGGAGCAGCUGCAGGGCGAAAUUGCGCGCAUGGGCUAUUUCUGGCAGGCAGACGAGCAGUUGCUGAUCAAGCAGUCUGGGGCGUUCCGCGUCAACUGCAUGGACUGUUUGGACCGCACGAAUGUGGUGCAGAGUGCAAUUGCGCGGUAUGUGCUUAACGAGCAGCUGGUGCGCCUGGGAAUCCAUGCAGCGCCCGAACUCGGCCUGAGUGCCUACAGCGGACUUGAAGCGACGAUGAACAACCUGUGGGCAAACAACGGCGACUACAUCAGUAGACAGUACGCCGGCACAUCGGCAAUGAAAGGCGACUUCACACGCACCGGGAAGCGCAACUUUGCUGGGGUCAUGAGCGAUGCGUCGUACUCGCUAGCACGGCUGUGGAUAAACACGUUCAGGGACUACUUUUCGCAGUCGGCAUUGGACUUCAUCAUGGGCAGCCAGACAUCCGUCGACGUGUUCCGCACACUGGUUGACCUGAAGUCGCGCGAGCCUGACCACGCACUGCAGCUGGGGCGGGCGCGGGAGGCGGCAAUCGAGGCCAGCAUAGCUAUUGUUGUGCAUGACGGCGAGUAUGUGCAGCUGGCGCUGGUUGUGCGGUCGCCAAUGCAGCUGGGCGUGAGUGUGAUCCGACAUGAGUCAGACGCGGUCAUGAUACUAACGGAUGUGGCGAUGUAUGUGUGUGGAUACCACUACCAGAUGGAGAGGGUGGAGGAGUUUGUCAGGGUGGAGCUCAAGGACAUUACAGCUGUGCAGCAUGGGGCGUAUAUAACCGAUACGGCGAUGCCGCAGGCCUUGGAUGUGGCCAGGAAUAAUGGCAUUGUGCUG